AUGUUGAAACUUCCGGUUAGUGAAGUCAUGUGAUCUUUAGACGACACAAAGAAACAUUGUAUGCAAGAAUGCUCUAUUGAUUAAAGCAAUACAUAUUCAUAUUUCAUACUUAAAUAUUCGCAAACACAUCCUUCGAACGCGUCAAGAAACGAAUGAAAGGUUUGCAAAAAACAAUAUUUUUCUUUGUGAACAUCACUUCGAAGCAGAGUGUAUUGAUUCCUUUCCCUUCACCGACAAAGAUGGUAAUGAGAAAACACGAAAACGAUUGCAAACUGGAGCAGUUCUGACGUUGAAUUUGCCAGUCAAACAAUUGGAUACGUUGCCUGGCACUUCGACGCCGCAACAAAGAAAAAUUAUUGUUCGCCAUGAUGAGCCAUCAACGUCUUCUGGUGUGUCUCAAACCCCUACUUUCGAUGAUUUAAAAAAGUAUUUCAAACGCGACUAUCGGUAUUUGCUUGAUUGGACUACUGAUGUAACAGACAAUGUUAUUAUCGUUGAAAUGCGUGAACCAGGAUACUUUAUACCGAGAUACCAUCUUGAAAUUGACGAAUCUUUGGAACUAACUAUUGCCGUUUAUGGAGCUACAGUGCCAAAUAGUUCUGUGUUAUUUCCCGAGAAUAAUUCUCGCCUGUGCAGUAAAUUCAAAGAUUUGCAUAAUCUGUUGUGUGGCCUUCAGAUCUGUUGUGGAGUUUCUGUCCUUGAGAAUGAGCCCAGUGUUAGUGAAACAUUCUUGCAUGUAACGCCAUUGGUUGCUACCAAGCAACAGUCUUCUCCAGUGAAUUACUGCCAAACAAGAAGAUCCAUCAAGUGUGAGAUACUAGUUGAGCAGGGGAACUGA